AUGGGACCCUUUCGAGGCGGAAUCUGGGACUCUAAUCCCUUCGGCGGCCGCCGCGGUGGUGGUGGUGGUGGCGGCGGAGGAUAUCGACAAACCCAAUCCCAACGCGGUGGCUACAUAGACCAAGACCCAUAUGACGACUGCGAUUCACCAUACCUGAUGAUGAGUGGCAUGCAUGGCCCUGGUCCCAUGAUACAUCAAGCCACGGGCGGUCCUAUGAUGGGCGGGAACUCUCGCUCUUACUCUUCUUACCAAGACUCUGAUGGCAAUAUACACGAAGAGGGCUAUGGACCCAACGGCCCGUACCGUAACUCCAUGCGUGGGGGUCAGGUACCUAAUGGAGGUAUGGGUAUGGGUAUGGGCGUAGGUAUGUUACCCCAAGGACGACCGCCGCCCGGCAGUCUUCUAGGCGGCCGCUCGACAGGUCGCCCAGGGGCCUUCCAGUCCGUUUUCUGGACAGGUGGCAACCCAUUCCGUGUUAACGGCGUCAACGGUCGGGCAGGUGGUGGACAAGACUCUCGUCCAGACAGCGCUUUUAGAUUCGAAAUGGAACCCGCGCCUAUGCGACAAGAUGGCGGUCUCACGCAAGAGAGCGCGGACGACAUGGCGUGGUUCAUGCAAGAACGUACGCAGCCUGUCGGUGAUGGUGGGAUUGCGCCUCCAAAUGCCGAGUGUCCAAUUUGUCUGGAGCCACCUAGUGCGUCGCAUCUUUGUGUGCAAAUCAAGGGUAUUGAGGGGUGUAACCAUCUUCUUGGGAGGAACUGUUUGAAGGAGAUGUUGUUGAAUCGGCCAGAUGAUCAGAAGCGGUGUCCGAUUUGUAGGGCGGAGUUUCUGGGCGAAGAUGGCAUAUGGGAAGACUCAGAGGAGUUUCAACAGCUUGGAAAUGGCCACAAUGCUGGAGGUCGCGCGCCGAAUCAAGGCCCUCACCCUGGGUACGGCAGCGGAGCUCCUGCUAGACCUCCUCGUGGCCCUCCCGCCGGUCCGCCUCCGGGCUAUGGCGGUCCUCCCCAGAUGCCUCCCAGCUAUGGAGGUGGCUCUCUGGCAGGCUCUUCAAGCUACGGAGGAUCUCCCCGUGCUGCUCCUCUUACUACUCCACAUGCCGCUCCUCCAGGUUUUCGCAACGCUAUGCGCGGUGGAGCCAGAAUUCAUGGCAUGGACGAUGUGGGCAUGAGGAGGGACAACGACGAGUAA